UGAGGAAGUGAAAAAGAAAAGAAUGGCAAGGAAGACCGAGAAGAAGGCUUCUACCCCCAAUUCCGUGAUCCGGAUGGUGGAUAUCGGCUCGGAACCGACUAGACGCUAUCUGCGCCGGUGUCUUGAGCGAUCCUGCGACCAGGAUUCAGACCCCUGUUAAUGUUUGACAAGCCUCGAAUUUGGAGCCUGAUAAUCCCAGAUCCCUGUUUCAUUUGUACGUUAAGAGCAUUGGCAUCAUUGACUUGCAUUCCUUCGUGGUCCACAGCACCCCCGACAAAUACCCUAGAAAUGAUGGCAUCCCCCCCGCUUCUGCUCUCUCUCUUCUCGAUGCAUCCUGAUGACCACCUCUGCUUUGGUGCAUGAGAGCCGGUUAGGAUGGGUGGGUCUAUCGAGCAACAGGACGAUGUGCCAACAUCGUCCAUAACCAUCGCGGUGCGGAUCAUUGUGUUAGUGCUGGCGGUUCCCACAACCUUGGUGUGUGUGCUUCGACUGUAUAUGCGCAAGUUCGUUCUGAACAAUUUCGGGCUUGAUGACUGGUUGGUGCUCGUUGCUCUUAUCGGAGUGGAUCUGUUCUCUGCCUUGGCGUAUAUCAUAACGUACUAUGGAUUGGGUCGGCCAUUAAAAUAUGUUCCUGAAGACCAUCUGGUUGUCUUCCUCACGCUCGAAUAUGCCUCGCCAUGCGCCUACCUAGUCAUUGCAGCAACUGUGAAAACGAGCCUGCUCAUAUUUAUAAUGCGUCUGUUUCCGACUCGCUUCGUCCACAUUGCCGGGAAAGCCCUUCUUGGUAUCAUCGCGGCCUUCACCCUUUCGGGGACCCUCGCGCUGGUCUUUCAAUGUCGUCCUGUCCAAGCGGCCUACGACAAGACUAUCAGCAAUUCGAGCUGCUAUCCCACUGAGACCUCGUACGCAAUUCUUAUGAUGCAAGGUGUCAUCAUGUUCGUGCUAGAUGUAUCGAUCCUAGUACUUCCGAUACGGCCUAUCUGGCAGUUGCAGAUGCCGAUAAGGAGACGAAUACUUGUGCUGGGGCUACUCUGCAUUGGUUUUACCGCAUGUGUUGCUGCCCUCGUGCGUUUCUCGACAUUAAAAUUUGCCAAUGAUACGACCAAUUUCACCUACUCAGCCUCCACGUCCCUCAUUUGGAUGGAGAUUGAAUUCAACCUGGGCCUAAUGUCAGGGUCUCUUCCUUCUCUGCGAAAACUUUUCAAGCUUGGCCCUCAGUUUCCCACGAGCUGGUCAACGAAGACACAGCAAAGUUAUGCAUCGAACUUCGAAUUGCACCGCCACAGUUGGACUAUAGGUGGAAUCACAAAGAAGACGGAGAUUCAGAGAGACUAUGAGAGAAGUGAGAGCCAGGAGUUCAUUGCCCCAAUAUAUGGGCAGGGAGAACUGACCACAACUUCCAAAGCGUAUGGGGAUGGGGAGACAAGCUCUGCCAGUAAUGCAUGAUGCCCUGGUCGUGAUGGCUAAUUCAUGGUAUCUGUGUCUCGAUGACGCCAAUUAUGCCAUCCAAAUACAGAGAAGACCCAAGCGGGUUCGCGCAUUCAAUUUGUAAAGGUUUCAUCCUAUUACUGCCUCCGUCAAUGCCGAGCCGGUCGGUGUGUGAGGGUCAAGCCGACGUAAUGCCUGUAUGUCCCGGAUUG